AUGUGCGCCCCCACUGGCCGCGCAGCCCAGCGGCUGCAGGAGAUUGUGGGCUAUCAAGGCCUGGAGGCCUCCACCAUACACAGGCUCCUGGGCUACAAGGGGGGCCGCCGCGACAAGGCCACGGCCGCCGCCGCCGCCGCCGGCGACGACGCGGCCGAGGGCGUGGCGCUGGAGGGCGGGGCCGAGCGCGGGCUGGGGGGCAGCGGUGGCGCUGAUGACGUGGCGGCUGACGUGGACGAGGAGCUGGACCUGGGGUCGGCCUGCACCCACAACAAACACCGCCCCCUGCCCUACGACUGUGUUCUGCUGGACGAGGCGUCGAUGAUGGACCUGCCACUCGCGGCGGCACUGCUCAACGCAAUAGAGUGA